AAAUGGCAAACCCAAAGCCUCAAAUGAUCUCAAAGGUUCUCAUCAAGCCCUCCCUUCCUACCUCAGAACACUUGAAGACUUACAAUCUCUCUGUGUUAGAUCAGCUUUCCCCACAUUUCUACCUCCCCAUAGUCCUCUUCUACCCACCACCUGAUUCUGGUAAUUCAUCCAACUACACUACCAUAUCUUCUCAUCUCAAGAAAUCCCUAUCAGAAACCCUGACUCAUUACUACCCUUUUGCUGGAAGACUAGCCCCUAACAAGGACUCGAUUGAUUGUAAUGAUGAAGGACUCGAUUUCUACGAAGCCCGAAUAGAAUGCAAAAUCUCUGAUGUCCUGAAGAACCCUGACCCGGAGACCAUGGAUUUGUUCUCUCCACCUGGAAUGCUGUUCAAUGAAUCUUUCCAGGGAAGUCCCUUUAUUGUGCAAGUAACCUAUUUCAGCUGUGGAGGAACAGCAAUCAGCGUGUCCAUGCUACACAAGGUUACUGAUGCCUGUGCUUUGCUUGGAUUCAUCAAUGAUUGGGCUGCUCUAGCUAGUGGUUCUAUGGUCUCUCCCAUGUUCCUUACACAACAAGUGAUCUCACCGUAUAAGGAUGAAAUCACUGUCCCCGGAAUUAACCUUGACAAGAACAUUACUGUUGUCACGAGGAGGUUUUCUUUUAAUCCUUCCAAGCUCUCUGACCUCAAGGCUAUGGUAUCCGAUGAUUUGGGAAAAAUUCAUAGUCCUAGUAGGGUUGAAGUUGUGGCUGCACUGAUUUACAAGUGUGCUAUGGCUGCAUCAGAGGCAAAAUCAGGCAUGUCAUGGCCAUCAAUGUUAAUGCAGGCUGCAAAUAUGCGCCCCCGAGUUGUCCCACCAUUGCCAGAUAAUUGUGUUGGAAAUUUUUCUUGGUUUUUCUCAAUCAUGACUAAUGAUGAAAAAGACAAGGAUAUGACAACAAUUAUCGCUGCACUGAAGAAAGCAGCUCAAGGGUUUUCUGAGAAGUUUGGGAAUGGAUUAAGUGCUGAUAAUUGCUACUCACUUAUAUGUGAGUCCAUUGAAGGGGCAAGAAAAGUGAUGAGGCAAAAUCAGGGUGAAAUUGAGGUCUACAGAUGUAGCAGCUUGUGUAGAUAUCCGUUUAAUCUAAUCAACUUUGGUUGGGGAAGACCAAUAUGGGUGGGAACUAGCACUAGUCAGAUGAAAAAUACCUUUCAUUUGCUGGAUAACCCGAAAUCAGGAGGCAUAGAAGCUCUAGUGACACUGGAGGAAUCAAAUAUGUCCAUGUUUGAGAAGGAUGAAGAGCUGCUAAAGUUUGCUGCCCUAAAUUCAACUGCUAUCGAUGAUUGAUGCUUGAGUACUAAAAUUAAGCCAGGAGUUUGAUGGUCUUAAUGUCGUUGCUUUUGUCUUGUUCCGUGUUUUGCUAUUGUACAAUUUGGGUGAAUGUUUAUUGGGAAGAUUCAUCAAAGCCAUAGCAGUCACCCCUUGUUACUUGACAGAUAUCAAAUGAUGUUAGGCUAUUGCUUAAAA